AUGGACAACACCUCGAGUGCACCGCUGCUCAACGAGCUGUGCAGCGUUUGCAAUACCACACAGUUCAAAUACCGCUGCCCUGGUUGCAGUGCGCGCACUUGCUCACUGCCGUGCUACAAGCGACACCAGCAAUGGGCCCAGUGCUCCGGCAAACGUGAUCCCACCAAAUUUGUGAAAAAGUCACAGCUGCUAACACCUGCCGGCAUUGACCAUGACUUCAACUUCCUCUCCGGAAUAGAGCGGGAUCUCGACAGAGCUGACAAGGUUGCCGCCCAUGCCUCUGCUGCCGCCCCCUCCGAGGGUCUGUCAAAUCGCCAGCGCGCUGGUGUGCCCUAUGCUAAACUCGAGGCUGCUGCUGCUGUCAAUAUCAUCCGAGCGCCCCAGGGUUUGAGCAGACAAAGGGAGAACAAGUCGCACAUGUCGGCCACAAAGUUAGUCGCCCCGGUUAAACCCAACAUGUCCACAACACUACUGAUCUGUAUCCCCAGAAAAGUUUCUCGCAAUAUCGUAUGGACAGUUGAGUGGAUAGAUGAUGCGUCCAAGACGCGUGUGCUUACUCAGACCUCGUCGGUACAACAGAUAAAAGAUGCCCAGCCCUUUGCCCACUAUGGCGUUAAUAGCAAAAGCAAGAAACGGAAGCUCAACACUGAAACUCCUGCUACUACCAUUCUUGAAUCAACCCAUCCACAGCAACAUGUCGCGCCUGUUGCAGAGGAUCAAGACCAGCCACUCCAACAGAUCCACGUGGACGUUCCGAUCAGCGACGCACAGUCGUCGUCUGUCCGAGGAGGAGCAACCCCUCCUCGGUCAGAAAAAGGACAAACGUUCAAAAGAGAAGCGGACGUGGCAGACGGACACCCUAGCGAUAAUGAUCAUGAUGAGCCAAGCACCCAUACCAUGGGUCGUAGCGGGCAGCCCAGGUUUUUUCUACUAAAACCUCGCACGAGCACGAGCCGCCACGUACUCAUACCACUUGAUUACUCGUGUACACUCGCUGAAAGCCUACAUGGCCAGACCAUUCUCGAGUUCCCAACUAUACAUGUGUUUCCUGCAGAUAUGGAUGAGUUACCCAAACAAGAGUUUAUGCUAGAGGAAGAGUACGCCAAGCUGGAAGGUGAGCAACAAAAGGAGUUUGACGAGUUGAUGGGAGAACUUGAUCCUGAGAUUUUAAAGAGAUUGAAGGAAGGCGAGGAUGGGAUAGCCAAGAAUGGAAUAGGUAAUGCUGAGGAGGAAGUUGACAGCAAGAAGAUCCUGGAUGUGCUCAAGCAAGAUCUCGGCGGACGCUUGUGA